AUAAGAUGAGCUGGGAGGUUUGUCCGAGUCACAACACUUCGAGCUUGCAAGUGGAAGCUGCUGUUAAAUCAUCGCCUUUCGUUAUUUCAACAUUGCAACUAUGCAUUUCAACAGGCUAGUCGCGUCCUUCGUGUUCCUGGCGGUCGCAGGAUUGAGUCGCGGAGGCCCAGUCGUCGUCACGGCCCCUCCUGAAGUGGCCGCCCAGUGCCCCUACACGCCGGGGGAGUACCCUCUGCUGCUGCCCAACCCCGUCGACUGCGGCUCCUUCUACAUGUGCAGCUGGUACGGGACGGCCCUGUUGCAGCACUGUCCUCCUGUGCUCACUUCAACGCCAAACUGCAGGUGUGUGACUCUCCUGAACACGCCAACUGUAUCGAGAGAACUACAGCUGCCCAUGUCUCCAGCACCUCAACUGCUGCUCCAGCCUUCAAUGUGACCACAACUGUCCCUGUCUCCAACGUAACUACAGCUGUCCCAGUCUCAAAUAUAACUACAGCUGUUCCAAUCAACAAUGCGACCACAACUGUUACUUCGUCAGCGUGACCACACCUUUUCCAAACUCCACUGUAACCGCAGCUGUACCCAGCUGGUCUAUGUCUCUAUGCAUCCAGUGUCCAGGGUGACCACGCCUGGACCAGACCAGAGUGCGAAUCACAAGCACAAUCAAAAUGCCUCCCAAUGUAUCCUGCAUUUACUUUGCAAUAAACUUUUUGAAAUCGAA